GACCCGCUCACGUCCGUGUGCCUCCUCACGGUGCGAUCCGCGGGCGUGGGCCUCAACCUCACGAACGCGAACGUGCUCUGCCUCUGCGAGCCGGCGCUCGACGCCGCGCCGGAGGAGCAGGCCGUCAUGCGCGUGCACCGCAUCGGCCAGACGCGGCCCGUGACCGUGCUCAAGUUCUUCGCCGCGGGCACCGUCGACGCGCGCGUCCUCGCGCGCCGCGAGCGCCGC